AUGGAUGUGGGUCGGCGCCACAAGGAGUAUGAUGCCAUCACAAUCAGUCAACACCAACUGCUGGAGGAUCAUGGAGAUGCAAAAGAUGUGAGCAAGCUACCUCGAGGAGAAGUCAUCAAGACCAUGGCUGGCUGCGCUACCAAGGCUGUCAAAAAGCUAUUCGAUGAAGGAAAGAUACACGCCGCGAUCAACGCGGGAGGUUCAGGUGGUACGUCGCUCGCAGCGGAAGUGAUGAGAACUGCGCUCCCUAUCGGCUUUCCAAAGCUGAUCGUGUCAACUGUGGCAAGCGGCGAUACUGGGCCAAUCGUAGGGGAAACCGACAUCACCCUGAUGUACAGCGUUGUAGAUGUGGCUGGCCUUAAUCAAGUGCUCCGCAAUGUGCUUAGCAAUGCCGGAGCAGCCAUAGCUGGAAUGGCUCGCGCAUACGCACCUCGCCAACAAGACGCAGCUCAGCUGCUAAAGAAACGUGUUGGUAUUACUAUGUUCGGUGUCACCACGCCAGCUGUCGACUUCAUCCGAAAACAUCUCGAAGACAACUACGACAUUGAGACGUACGUCUUUCAUGCUACCGGUCACGGCGGGAAAGCAAUGGAACGACUCAUCCAAGAAGGUGGGCUGGAUGCAGUUCUCGAUCUUACCACUACCGAGAUAUGCGAUCAUAUUACCGGCGGUGUCAUGAGUGCUGGUGAGCAUCGUCUCGAAGCCGCCGCAAAAGCCGGAAUACCAAAUAUCGUCUCCGUAGGCGCGACCGACAUGACAAACUUUGGUCCGAGAAGCACAGUGCCGGAACGAUACAAAGAUCGCAAGCUGUAUGAGCACAAUCCUGUCGUGACCUUGAUGAGGACAUCAGUAGACGAAGCAACUCAAGUUGGCAAAUUUAUUGCAACGAAAUUGAAGCAUUGUGCAAAGAAGCCCGGAGCAAUUCAAGUCUGGUUACCGAAGGGUGGUAUCAGCAUGAUCGCUGUCCCUGAUGGGCCUUUUGAAGACCAACAGGCGGAUGCUGCGCUCUUCAGUGCGAUACGAGAGGAACUCCAGGGUGGUAAUAUUGAAGUUACCGAAGACGAGCGCGCGAUUAAUGAUGAGGGAUUUGCGCACGAUAUCGCGGAGGCGCUAGUCGCGAAGAUGGGAAUUGGUCGGUAA